AUGAAUGUCAAAGACCUUGUAAAAGAUGAUAAGUAUCUUGAUCUAGAUGAUGCCAACCACCCAGCUAACUUGAUCUGUGAGUUAUGUAAACUCUUUUAUGAUAAAGAUUGGGUUACUGGAACCGGAGGAGGAAUUUCAAUCAGAGAUGAAAAUGAUAAAAACUUAGUAUAUAUUGCCCCAUCAGGUAUUCAAAAAGAGAAAUUACAACCAUGGGAAAUGUUUGUUGUUCAAUUAUCAGAUGAAAAGGUUUUACGUACACCCAAUGAAACUGACAGUCAAUUGACCAAAAACUACAAAUAUAAGCCAUCGGCAUGUACACCAUUAUUCUUGAGUUGUUAUAAAUUCAGAGAUGCUGGAGCAUGUAUUCAUACUCAUUCUCAAAAUGCUGUUAUGUGUACUUUAUUAUGGGAAGAUAAAGUAGAAUUCACCAUUAAUAACAUAGAGCAAAUCAAAGCCAUUCCAAAAUUGAAAUUAAAUGAAUCAACUGGUAAAGUCGAAAAAAUCGGUAGUUUAGAAAACUUCGAAACUUUAGUCAUACCUAUUAUUGAUAAUGUACCCCAUGAAGAAGAUUUGACACCUACAUUAGACGAAGCUAUCAAAAAUUAUCCUGGUGCCACUGCUGUCUUAGUAAGAAGACAUGGAAUUUACGUUUGGGGUGAAACCAUUUGGAAAGCUAAAGUUUAUAACGAAGCUAUUGAUUAUUUAUUGGAAUUGGCUGUCAAAAUGAAAUUGCAUGGUAUUCCCACCAUAAAAGAAUAG